GUCCACAAGCCUGGAAUUUAAAAACAAGCUCCUGCUUUGAGUCCACUGAAAGCAAGAUUCAAGGUGUUGGUGAGCUUGCAAGCUACUGGUUGGGGAUCACUGCUCUAGCCUAUUGUGUAUUUUCCCCAGCUUUAAAGGUAAAAUGCUCCAUGGAUAGGCCUAAAGGGGCACAGUUUUAAUUUUGGCAUUUGCCCCUGUGACUCUGGUAAAUGAGUCCCCCAGGUGUAUAGUUGGGUUGGGGUGACAGAUCAGUCAAGUUCCUCCAACCCAUCUCCAUAAACCUAUUCUACAUGAACCUUCCUUUUUGCACAGGGGCAUCCACAAGUUUUCUAAGCAGUGAACAGCAGGGCUAACAUCUCAAAGUAGAACAUGAGCGUUUUCUGAUGUAUUGCAAGUAAUUGUCUCAAAGCCACACUGAUCCAGCCAUACCUUAGGCUUUACAGAUCUGAUAGAUAGGGUUGGAGGAGUAGAGAGGGAUAGCUAUAGAGGAAUGUGGAAGGCGUGUAAAGGGGAUAUUCCAUGAGGCACACGUUGGAACUUGCGUAAAGCAAUGAGUGACAGGGCUGAGCUGCUUCCUUGUUUCCUAAUACAGGUACUCGCCCAGAUACGAGACCGAGAGGAGCUCUGCACAUCUUGGGAAAGGGAUGAUCUCAGUAAGUGAAGUUGUCUCCUUGGCUGAACACCAAGCACACUUCAAGGCACUAAAGCCAUGGUGGGAUGUUCUCAUGGACUAUCUUGUUGUUAUAAUGGUCAUGGUCUCCUUCUUUUCUGCAACGCUGCUCAUCAUAACAGACAAAGUGGUCUGCAUGCCAAUAAGCUCCAUGCCACACAAGAGUCCAUCCACAGGUUUACAUGGGGUUCCGAUGCCCUCUCAAUCUAACAGCGGGCACUCUGGUUACCUGACCCACCUGGAUUAUCAGCAAUACUUGUACGUCAGUGCUGUCUGCUACCAUAAUGUAGUGCCUUGGCAAUCAAAAUAUUUUCCUUAUCUGGCUCUUGUAACUACAUUGUCUCUCCUUUUCAGCAGCCACUUCUGGUUUAAGUACCCAAAGACAUCCUCCAAAAUUGACCAUUUCCUUUCAAUAUUGGCCAAGUGCUUUGAAUCACCUUGGACCACUAGAACCCUUGAGGAGACCACCGACCAGCAACCCAACCUUGUCCGGCAAAAGUCUAGCUGUUCCCGUUCAAUGCCAUACUCCCCUAGAACACCACUUUUAGGCAAAUCUCCAUUUUCACCGAUACACUCCCUAAUGCCCACCAUUAUGAAUAAAAAGGAAGAAGAAGAAGCCAAGGCGUUGUUCGAAAAAAUACGCCAUUUCCGCUCCUAUAUUGAGGAUUCUGAUAUAGUGUACAGGGUUUAUACCGGCCAAACUGUCAUUAAAAUGUUAAAGAUUCUUGUGGUGCUUGGCUACACAUUUAGCCUCAUAGGAACAUUCAGCUUCCACCAUAUUUGCAAGCCUGGGAUACAACCCUUAAUGGGUUAUACCAUGUUUAACUGCACCCACAACUUGGCAUUUAUCUUGGAGAAAUUGUUGCUGACUUAUAUUCUCCUUGUUUCUCUAUAUGCUUGCCUGUUGGCCUACGCCUUGUUUUGGCUGUGCAGCCAUUCCCUGAAGGUGUACUCCUUCGAAAAGGUACCUGAUGGUGCUGAAUUAGGAGACAUUCCGGAUGUCAAAAAGGAUUUUGCCUUUCUGCUGCACAUGGUGGACCACUACGAUUCCUUGUAUUCGAAAAGAUUCUCGGUAUUCCUUUCAGCCAUCAGUGAAGGGAGACUGAGAGAGAUGGAAUUAAAUUCAGAGUGGACAAUGGAAAAGCUCAGUGAGUUUUUGAACAAAGACUCUCGUGGUAGGUGGGAAUUGCAGCUCGCCAUGCUUCCUGCCAUACCAAAAGCUGUUUAUGGUUUGACUGAGAUUGAAGUCCUCAAGCUGGAGCUGAUUGCCUCAGCAAGGAUUUUAGGAGCAGUGUCGAGGCUGAAUACACUUACUGAGCUCCACCUUAUUCACUGCUCAACUAAAAUGGAUACAGAAGCAUACUGUUACCUACAGAAGAAGCUGAAGGUGCUCCACAUCAGGUUCACCGACUUGGAGGAGAUUCCUCCAUGGAUUUACAACUUGAAGUCUCUUCAAGAGCUGCAUCUCUCCGGGAACCUCAACUCGUCAAAUAACAAAUCGAUCCAUUUACAUUCCUUGAAAGGCCUAACUCACCUAAGAUCCCUUUCACUCAACAGCAAUGUGCAACACCUACCCUCUGCUAUCUUAGAUGCGGCUGGACAGCUGUCUAAGCUGAGCAUACAAAAUGGAGGAACUGCACUAGAAGGCCAGGGCCAGUUAAAAAGAAUGAGGCAACUUCUGGAAGUAGAAUUGCAGGACUGCCAGAUAUCAAAAAUCCCAGAGGUACUGUCCAGUUUAUUAGGCCUCCGAUGUAUAGAUUUAUCUUCCAACUUAUUGAAUAUAGUGAAUGAAAUAGGAGCCUUUCAGCGUCUUCGAGAUCUGACUAUUUUAAGGCUGAACAAUAAUGCUAUCACUUGCCUCCCUCCAUCUAUUCAACACCUGCAUAAUCUGGAGGAACUCUCCAUUUCCCACAACAGGUUAGAAUCCGUACCCAUAUCUCUCUUUUCUCUGGUAAAACUUAGAAAUGUUGACAUCAGCCACAACAAUAUUAAAGUCAUUCCUCUAGAAGUAGGGCAGCUGUCCCGCCUAGAAUGUCUGGCAGUCACUGGCAAUCAGAUUUCGUCACUGCCCCAUGAACUUUGCCGCUGCACUAGACUCAAGUCUCUUAAGGCUGGCUCUAACAAUCUUUCAAGUAUUCCCGCGAUAUUUCAAAAGCUCACUCUCCUUUCCAACCUGGAGCUUGCAGGUAACAACCUCACCUCCUUGCCUGUGGAUAUUGUUUCUUGCUCCUUGCUGCGGAAGGGGGGUCUGGAUGUAGAAGAACAUUUGCUGAAAGCUUCACCCUUGGAGAUCAAAAGAAAAUUCUUGUAAUGAGUGAGGUGUGACUACCCUUUUAGACUGUCUAACAUGGUCGGACACCUAUAGCCUUAAUUAUAACUACACAGAUAUGCAUUCACAGCUCAGAAAGGGGGGAUGGAAUCCUGUUUGUGAUCUGAAGUCCUAAUUGGGUUACUCCACUAAAAAAACUGUCCUUUUGAUUUUGGUAAAUUGCCAUUGCCUAUUUUUUGCCACAGUUCUUUUCCUCUCCACUGAUCCCUCACACACCAAGGAGAGAUAUAUAGACAAUUUCCAAAAUCUUUAUGGAAGAAGAAAGUGUUCCUGCUCAAGCAACAGAAAUAAUCUUCAUACAUAGACCAAGACAGCAGCUAAUUUGAUAAAUCAAACCCUUCCUUAAAAUAAAUGAGGACGGAGUAAUCAAGCAUAUGGGGUUGGGUUAUACUGUACAUGCUUUUUCUGGAAUUCCUAAAACUUUUGUACCUCCAAAUAUGUCAUCUCAAGAACACACAGUUUGGUGGGAUCGACGUCCUUGUGUAAUGAGCUCCUACCACAGGAGCGUAACUACAUGGGAAGCAGACCCUGCAGCUGCAGGGGGCUCAGGAGGUAUAGGGGCCCCGUGAGGCCCUAAUUACAAUACCAUUUCUAUAAAUAUUGCUAAAACAGGUCAAUCUCUAGACAUUUUGGGGGACUGAAAAAUAAUUUUCUGUGGGGUCCAGCAACAUGUAGUUACACCACUGGCUCCUACUGGUGUCAGAUAUUGACAGCAAUGAGAAGUCAUGGGCUUGUUUUACAAAGCUCAUUAAAGAUAGAAAGGACAGGUAAAAUAACAAAAACAGCCAUGGUUUGCUGCUGAAAUUCUGUAAUGAACAGAUUCCUAUUUAUUCAAUAGCGUAGCAAGUUACCCAACACACCAUUUAGGGGUUAUUAAAAUCUUGAAAAGUACAAGUUUUUCACACUAGAAAGCUCGAAUUUGUAGAGGAAAAAAAACUUGAAUGUGAGAUUUAUUAUAGCCCGAUGCUGCAAAAAGCCCAAAUCUGAAAAUCUGCCAUCUUAGACCUGUCAAUGUCCAGUAUAAGUCAAUGGGAGAGGCACAUAUCUCAAUUUUACAGCCUGUACUGGGUUAAGACAGAAAAUCCGACCUUUUCUGGGUUUUCGGACAAAAAAAGCCUGAGUGAUUCGGGUUUUCUCUUGAUAUUAUCGAGUUUUUCCACGACCAAAUUAAAUUUAGGUUUUUUUAUUAAUAAAUAAGCUAAAAUUGGUUGUGUUUUUUUUUUAAAAUAAAAUAUGAAAUAAAUAAAAAGAUUUUAGUGAAUAACCCCCUUAGUCUUAUUUGUGGAUUGAAUGCUUAGAAUCUUCCAAACCCACCGUUUCCACUUGAAGUUAUCUUUAUGUACAGGACCGGGCCACCUAUAGUUUCGGCACCUUUAACCCCCUGAUGGCGUCCCUGUACCAUCCAUAUAGACCUGUGUUAUGAAGGGAUCUUUAAAUGGCUGGCCAUUUACUGCAAAAUAUGGAUUUGGGAUCCAGGGUCGGACUGGUCUGCCGGUGCCCGGGAAGAAACUUGGUGGGCCCCUUGCCGCUUGCUUUAUUUUUCUAUUUGCAUAAUAAAAUAAUUCAAUGUACCGAGCGAUUCGACCAGGUGAUACGAUCGCAUUUGUAUUGGAAUGUGAUUGGCAGCAGUGGGCCCACCGUUUCACACAUCCAUCACUCUGCUUCCGCCCAUAGUUGCCUGCCAGUACUGCUCUGGCUGGAGCUCAGCUGCCGAGGAAAGGACCCUAUUUGUCACAUGAUCGACAAAGAACCCUGCUAUGCUGCUAAGUGAUUGGCUGCAGUGUACCUGCACAUAAAUUCCACGUUUGAGGCAGGAGGCAGCCAAGUUACAUGGGCGGAUUUUAAUAAGGCUAAGCCUCCCCAAACCUCAACUGUCCUGUCUCUUGAUGCCCAUAUUUCCAAGCUAACCAGGCAAACCAAGUCGACAUGUUAAAAGAUUUAAAAAAUGUACAAUAAACUUAAUGAACAAAAGACA